CGAGAGUGAGAGUGUAUCAGAAUUGCCCUUAUCAAGUCGCGCAUGCGCGUACUCGAAUCUUAUCUCCAUGUGUAUAAAGCCACUCGAUGUUUGCGUGAUUAUAUCGAGUUCGCUAAUUUCUCGCUGGGCGUCGUACGACGCUUUAUUAUUAUGACGACUUUAUAACCUCCUCGAUGCGAUUAUGCUGUCGAAAUGCGGUACGAUUCAGUAUUAAUAAUGACAGUUUCAUAGCGUUUCAAUCAAUCCGAGUGAGUUUCGAAUGAUACAGUGCGCGAGCUGAUCCUCCGGGAGUGAAGUAAACGGACGUUGGAAGUUUAAAAUUUCCCCUACGAUGCCGCACCCGUGUGUAGUUUGCGGCAGAUCGCGGAUGAAUCCGAACAACAGGCAGGAGGAGUACAUGUUCUUCGGUUUCCCGGUAAACGACGAGACCAGGUGCAAAAAGUGGUUGGAAUUCUGCUGUCGCGAGGACCUCUACAAGCUGACGAAAAAACAGCUGCUCCAACGGAUGGUAUGCUCGAAACAUUUCGAACAGAGAGACUUCCUCAACUCGUAUUUCGACCGUCUCAACUGCACCGCCAUACCAUCGAUAUACGACCCGAAACAGUCCCUCUACAAUAUCACCUGUGUUCUGUGCGGUAGAUCCCGUCGAGACCCCCCCAGUUCUACUUAUGACGGGGUCACUUUCCACCACUUUCCCGGCGAGGAAUUCAGGUGUCUAAAAUGGCUAGAUUUUGUUGGGGUUGAUUCUUAUUACAGGCUCACCCGCAAGGAGAUAUUGUUCUGCUACAUUUGCUCCAAGCACUUUGACCGCUCCCAGUUCCUCAAGGGAUACCGUAAUCGGUUGGUCGACCAUGCCGUUCCCAACAUCAGAUAUCCCGACGAAGCCGAGGACUCUGAGCCGUUCCUGAUAGACCUCGCUCCUGAGUCAAAGCUUUUCCAUCAUCCGGACAGGACUCGGAAGCUUGAAGCCCUUCCACAAGCCGUGUUGGAGAGUCAGGCUUGCGCCGCCUGUGGAAGAUCAAGGUCUGAUCCGAGAAAUAAAAUCGAUAGGUAUAAGUUUCACCCUUUUCCAGCUUAUGAGAUCGGGCGAUGUUUGAGGUGGUGCCAAUUCCUGGGUAGAGAGGAUUUACUCAAAAUGUCUCCAAACCAAAUCAGGAAGCUAGUUUUAUGCUCAAAGCACUUUCAGAGUGGGCAGAGCUUCCAUCGCGUCGGACCUUGCGAUGCGGUGCCGACGAUCCGAGAUAUCCAUGAACCAAAUACAGCUGUUAAUGUUGAAGAUGACUUUGAAGAAGCGGAAGAGGAAGAAUGUGCUGGCUCUGCCAAGGGCACCAAGAAGCAGUCUAAAAUCAGGCCCAUGGUAUCCAGCAAGAAGCCUAAAAUAGACAACAAACCUGCUCCGCUUGCCAAGAAACGUGGUAAAUCGAAGAGGCCCACUCAGAUAAACAUCCCCAGACCAGAUCCUAAUAAUAUAGAAAACAGGAUGAUUAGAAAACUACCGCUGCCGCCGAACAAUAAUUGGAAACUCAUUCAGGCCGGAACUAUGCAACCGAUUACGAUAGCUAACAACAUAGCGACGUCUGUAAACGAAUGCAAAAAAAUGAUUCUUCCAUUUACAGGCGACAUAACUAAUCUGGGUACUCCCAUUCCCGUUCAUAGCUUGUCGAGCAUGCCUCCCGGCUUAUUGAUCAAGAUAAACCUACCGGAUCAAAACAAAAAGCCAAGCCCAUCUGGGCGUCGCAAGGGGGUUCGCAAGGGGAAUAGCAAGAAACAGAAAUCGUCAACCAUUACUACACUGAACAAUAUCCAAUUAGUUCAGUGCACUCCGUUGAGCGUUAAGAAUGAUCAAAAUCAGUCUGGUAAGGAAGCGGAUGAAUCGGUUGAGCAUACCCUCGCGGAUUUAUUGACCUUCUCACCGGAGCGCGAGGAAACGGUCGACUAUGAAGAACUCGGAGUACAGGAGGAAAUUGUCCUUUCACCCGGUGCAGAAACCACCGAAGAACAGACGUUUAAAUUCGAACAAACCGACCUUAAGGAUGAUUACUACUAUGAGGUUGAGGAGACUACAGACACCGGGUGCGUUCAGAAACCAAGAGUCAGGCAACGUAGAAAGUUAUCUUCGCUCGCUAGGAAAACUAUUCUUCCUAUAAAGAGCGAGAUUGGAUUUUUCCUCCGCAAAUUUGCACCUAAGAUGCAAAGGCUACCAAAAAAGGCUAGGGCUCAGUUGAAAUUAUCUAUCGUUAAUAUGGUCAUUGAUAAUCUAUAAGAUUUGUCUGAUUGGUGAGAAACGGACACUUGUGCUACAGAAAGUGAUAAAAUUUUGCUAGCAAAAUCUUUCUUGAGUUAUAAAUUAUCUAGUUGUAAGUUGUAUAAUUGUCUGAUAAUAUCAAACCGUUUGUAUAAUGAACGAUGCGAUACUAAUUAAAUACAAAAUUUCAAUUAUUGCUCUAUUGUAAAUAAUUAGUUUUAGUAAGUUUAAUGUUGAUGGAAUUAUGCAAUUGCGAAAUACGCAAAAAAAAAAUACGAACCGGUGGCAAACGGUUUGUUGCAUUGUCGUUUAAUAUCAAAAACUAAAUCAACUUUACUUUUGUAAUAUUGACGGAUCAUGUUAAUAUUUGUGCAAAGCUGAUUGGUAGCUUAAAUUAUUUUUGUAAGUAGAAAAGGAAAGUGAAGAAUUUGAACCGCGUGAUUUUUAGGUUUGACGUUUUAUCCUUCAACUUCUCUGCAUCCUCUGAAUAUUAUUUAGAUAAAGGAUAUAUUUCCUUUCUUUUUUUUAUAAUAUACGCUUACUGAUUAUACGAGCACUUCGAAGGACUAUUCGGAUUACAGGUAAAUUCGCUACAUCCAAAUGUAAAUAUUUCUAUCUUAUUCAUAGCCUCGAUCAUUCGAUCGUGUCAUUUGACACAUUUUUUUUAUCUUACUACUUCGGUACUUUUGGACACGCUUUUCAAAGAUCUUUAGACAUAUGAAAAAUACCCGGAGUAAAUGUAUAAAGAUAUCUAUACCAGUUUUGGAGAAAAAAAGGGUAUACUAUGUAAUUUGUAAAAAGGAUAGUAAUAAAUAUUGUUCUAUACGUCACUUUGAUUAUAGCUCACGAUUUAUAAAAUAAACAACGGGCUGAAUGUUACAAUCAAAUAGGAUUCCUGGUGCUCAGGGAAAAUGAAAAAUUUUCUAGAAAACAAUUUCAAAACCUUGCCUUCAUUUAAUAUAAUUACUUGCUUGCCCCUUGACAAUAUCGGGAGGAUAAUAUGUGUCAGUAGUGUAUCAUACAAGUUCAACUCGUAUAUCUACAUUAUAUAAUCUAUUUGUACAAGCAGUUAAAGAGAUACUUUCAUUCCCGGAAAAACUAAUGGGUAAGUGAAAAGUCUGGCAUUUUCGGGAAGUCUUUUAUUUCCCUGCCGCUAGACAUCCUGCCAAAAUUUUACCAAAAGCAAUCUAAGGCUACCACUAUUCAGCUUGAAAAUUAUUCUUAGUCCAAAGAUAAAGUUUCUCAUUUUUGAUUUUUGCAAGUACGAUAAAUGAGUCAUAAAAGUUUAUAAUGUACCCAUCCUGGCAAUAAAUCAGAAAUAUUUUUACAAUAAUAUUUUGAUGUGUAUAAAUUACCGCACAAUUUGAACAUUUACUUUUGAAAGUAUUAUUCGAAGACUAGAAUUGUGUGUGUAAUGAAUAAGGAAGAAACUACAUGCCUAUAUAUUGAUUGGUUACCCUGCUUUCUGUAAGAUCAAUAUCUCUUCCAUGAGACUUUUCAGCCAAAACUUCAAUCUACUUCUUCUUGUAGUUUUAUUAUUUCCAUUAUCAGUUCCAUGUAAGUAUGUAUCUUCUCGAAGAAUAUAGGAAUAACUAUGCAGGAGCAGUUCAUGUAUUUGAUAAAAACAGAGAUCCUUGCUACGAAGCAGAUGCUGAUGCAACCCUCAAUACAACAGAAACCAAUUGGGAUAGUUUGGAAACAAUUCCACAUACAAGUACAGAUAAGGAAGAAAUAAUUUCCUACAAUCAGGCCCUUGAAUAUUUCAAACAGACUGACUUAUCGGAGUACAAUGAAAAUGUGACGAGCGCUAAGAAAUCUGGGAUAUUUUCGUGUUUGUCAAACCGUGGAAAAUCCAAACUGAAACAAGAUCACAUCAGUGAUUUUAACUUGAUAUUUAUCAUUGCAAAGUGUAAGUACUCGAUCAAAAAAAACUUAUCGUAAGAUUUUCAAAUAUAAUAACAAUCACACAUCACAUAAUUUUGGCUACAAAAAUAUACCGGUUCCGAGUUAAUACGGUGGGCAUCCCGUCGAGGCUGUAAAUGCCUCAGCCCACUGCGUAGAACAGCAGGCUGGUCUGCCCCAGUGUGUUUCCAACUCGUCAGUCAUUUCCACAGAGGUUUUGUGCGACCCAACAUCCCAUCGAAUGUCUUUGCGUUUCACAACUCUGCCUCGGUGAGGAAGCAUACAUGUCCUUACCAGAAGGAAAACAAAAUUCAUAUUGCAAUGCUGAGAACAGUGUACAAUUCUUUAGUAUCAAGCAGAGACUCGGAAUUCAUUUGGGAAAAUAUUGGUUUCCAGAGUGAUUUGCCAUGGACUGAUUUACGUGGCGUAGGAAUGCUCGGAGUAUUGCAAUUACUGUACAUGUGCACAACAUAUCCAAUUAUUAGGGAUACGCUCUAUGAAUUAUCGAGAACCAAAUCAAAUACAUUUCCAUUCGCUGUUCUUAGUCUAAAUGUUACAAGCAUUGUGUUGAAUGUGUUGAGACGGGAAAAGUUAAAUCGGGAGAUAAAUAAGGAGGGUGUCUUUGUUUGCAUCAACAAACUUUACACAUCAAUGUUUCAUUACUUUGGACAAGUCUGGAUCAAUGAGAGAAAAACUAUAUCCGAUGUUGGGAGUUUGUUGAAAGAUGUGGAGCAGUUGUGCCUUUUUAAACGGGGAAGAAAAAAAAUCUUCAAAAACUUCAACGUAUCAGUUGAACGGAAAUAAAUGAUCAAGGACUUAUAGAACAGCUUACACAAUAAAUGAUGGCCCAGUGAAGUUUGUUAACAGCAAAUUUAUUCGUAAUUAAUUUUCACUAUACAUAUAUAAGGCCAGGUUACAUACGCGUAUAUUUGUAUUAUACACAUAUACAAAUGUGCUCAAUAGAUUUGUGUUCGAAAAUGUUAUAAAUGUAACAUAAUAUUACGUGUGAGUAAUCGAAGCAUCGUAUUUUGAUGUUAAAACAUAAAAAUUCAGUUGACAGUGAGAUAAAAUGAGGUGAAUGUGAUUCAAAAAGCAUAUGUAACUUCGAUCUUAGAGAUUAACACGAAUGAAAUUUAAUACGGCGUAAAAUGUCCCAACAUUCAUAUUCAUAAUCGUAGAUUUGGUAAGGACUAAGUAUCAAGUACUUCGAAAAAUGAUUUAUUUUGCUAGAUUAAUGCAAUUACUCUACACUACGUAUAUUGUUUAGUUUUUCUUCUUUUGCAUGAAUGUAUGCUUAAUUAUCAUGCUAAGAACACUUUUACCCGAAUUAGUACGCAACUGUGCACGUUAUGUACUAUCUCACCCGUUAUUCGUAAUUUCCGACACGAUCAAAUAAUUCCAAAUCGUGAUGCAGCUUAAUAUAGAAAAGUAGAAUAAAUAUUUGGUCUGAAUAUGAAUUUAUUCAUGAAAUUUACUAUGCAGAUAUACUUGUAGUAUUACCGGUUGUACUUUGAGUAAGGUGCCUUACAUCAGCGCUGCAAGUGUAAUUCAUUUUAUCAUCCAAUUCUCGACGAAAAUUUCUCAUUAGCCUAAUAGCCUGCUUCAAAAAUUCAUUCCUGUUCCAAAUUAGUCACUACCAUCAGAGAACUAAUACUAAAGAGGUUCCUUUUUGAGAAUUUGAUCUGGAUACUAGUGAAAUUAAUGCAAAUAUCAAAUUCAUAGAAUUCGUAUAUUCCGUUACAAAAUUAUAUGCUAUGUGACAGAAUAUGUAGCACGUGUACUCUGUAACUAGUGAUAAAUAAUGAUUUUCUACUGAAUCUACACUACUGUGGACUAUUAACCAGGCAUCUAACUGUGACGCAAGUACCCAUACGCCUGUAAUUAUUAGUGACAAUUGCAACAACGAAGCCAGCUUCUGCAAUGGAUUAUUAGUUUCGUAAUAUUGUGCGAGUUUUUCAAUCGAGUUCGACUUUGACUAUGCUUUUACAUGAACAAGUGUUUCUCCAGGUGCGUGAAUUUGAAAGGUGACAUUUUGACCCACCUUCUACUUUUUAUUUCUAUGUGCUAUUAAAAUGUUCAAAUCUCUCUCCGUU